AUGGCGCGAUCAAAGCAGGCGACUCCCAUUCGGAGGCAGGUCUCGUCGGAAUACACCGGCAAGCACGACCGCGUGCCUCGAACUGCCAAUCCUGCCGCCGCCGCCGCCGCCGCUGUGCCGAAUGGCAUGUCCAAUGGCAAGCCCGAGAUGGCGCCGGCCACAGCCUCGAUGCAAGACAACGGCUUGAGGCAGGUCGUUUUCGCCGUCGGCGGCAUCUACGCCUCAUUCCUGACGUGGGCGUACCUCCAGGAAAAGCUCACCACGACGCCCUACGGCGACGCGGCCAAGCCCGAGCUGUUCAAGUUCCCCGUCUUCCUCAACACCAUCCAGUCCCUCUUCGCCGCCACGACGGGCUUCCUCUACCUCGCCGCCUCGACGCCCAGGGGCCAGCGCUCGCCGCCCAUCAUCCCCAGCCGCGCCAUCCUGCUGCCCCUCCUGCUCGUCGCCGUGACCUCGUCGCUCGCCUCGCCCUUUGGCUACGCCUCGCUCGCCCACAUCGACUACAUCACCUUCCUGCUCGCCAAGUCGUGCAAGCUGCUGCCCGUCAUGUUCCUCCACAUCACCGUCUUCCGCAAGCGCUACCCGCUCUACAAGUACCUCGUCGUCGCCGCCGUGACCGCCGGCGUCGCCGUCUUCACCCUCCACGGCGGCAAGCGGCACAAGCACUCGGGCGGCGGCAGGGGCUCGGGCGAGACCGCCUGGGGCCUGCUCCUGCUGUCCAUCAACCUGCUCUUCGACGGCCUGACCAACAGCACCCAGGACUACAUCUUCCAGACCUUCCGCCCUUACUCGGGCCCGCAGAUGAUGUGCGCCAACAACGUCAUGCAGACGCUCGUCACGGCCUCGUACCUCGUCGCCGGGCCCUAUGUCGCUACCACGGCCGUCGGGCGCUGGGUCGGCAUGGACGAGGGCGCCGCCGGCGGCGAGCUCGCGGCCGCGCUGGCCUUUAUGGCGCGGCACCCCGGCGUCUGGCGCGACGUCUUGGGCUUUGCGGCGUGCGGCGCCGUGGGCCAGGUCUUUAUCUUCUACACACUGUCCACCUUCUCCUCGGUCUUCCUCGUCACCGUCACCGUGACGCGCAAGAUGGUCACCAUGAUGCUGUCCGUCGUCGCCUUUGGCCACCGCCUGUCGCGCAUGCAGUGGCUCGGCGUCGGCCUCGUCUUUGGCGGCAUCGGCGUCGAGGCCCAGAUCACGCGCCGGGAGAAGCUGGCCAAGCAGGCCGCCGCCAAAAACAAGAAGCAGUAA